AUGGCCAUAAGGACACUCAACUUGACCACAAGUUCAUCUGGAUGUGAAAGAGAUUGGAGCACUUUUGAAAUGGUAGAUGCAAAGAGGGGAAAUAAACUAGAUGUGGCCCAUAGGGACAAUCUAGUUUAUAUCCAAUUCAAUGGAAGGAUGAUUGAUAAAAGAAAGAAGUUAUCCUCUUCUAGUGAUGUUCUUCUUGGUGAAGAUGCGUCACGAGCACAAGAUUGGAUAUGCGAAGUUGCAUACAUUGAUGAUGAGUUUGAUCCCACUACGGGGGUGCCAUACAACAUCAUUGAUGAAGCAAUGGAGGAAAGCGAACCUACAGAGCUUCGUAGGAGUGCACGAGUUAGAGAACUCCAUGAAGUUGAAGAAUACAUUGAGGAUGAUGAUGAUGAAUCUGAUCAUGGGGUAGAUAUGGAGGAUGAUGAGAUCGAUUACGAGUCCGAUGAUGAUGGGGUGAUGGCAACCAAAGAUGAUGAUGAUGAUGAUGAUGAUGAGCCCCCGCAGCCUUAA